UGCAGUUUGAUUGGUGGAUUCUCCUGAUGGGCGGAAACAAGGCGACAGCCCGGAAGCGACUGCGCUCGAGACCAUUAACUGUACACAAAAUGUUUAGGGUAGUUGAAUCCCGCUAGCUUUCCACACCUGUGACCACGGAGCUGUAAGAGUAGGUAAAGUAAACGAGACCAUCGGCUGCCUACACGGAAACAACGAUGCAGACUGUACGAAAGCGUCAAGGCAAGGAUUUACACCUGAAGAGCGCUCCUGGUGUUUCAAAGGAAAGUGUGCCACAGAAGAAAAAGCAGCGCUUCCACUUUGACCUGUGGCUGUGUCUCACUGUGCAGAACUGGAUAUUAGACUUUGGAAGGCCCAUUGUUAUGAUCGUUCUUCCUCUGGAGUGGUUUCCACUGAACAAGCCCAGUGCUGGAGACUAUUUCCACAUGGCCUACAAUGUCAUAACACCAUUCCUAAUGCUCAAGCUGAUUGAGCGCAGUCCGAGAGUGCUGUCUCGCACAGCCGUGUACCUCUGCAUCAUCACGUUCGUCAUGGGAGCCAGCAUCCACCUGGUGGGAGACUCCAUCAACCACCGGCUCAUCCUGAGUGGCUAUCAGCUGCACCUAUCAGUGAGGGAGAACCCCAUCAUCAAAGACCUUAAACCAGCUUCACUGAUUGACUCCUUUGAGCUGCUGUAUUAUUAUGACGAACACCUGGGACACUUAAUGUGGUAUAUUCCUUUCUUUAUCAUUCUGUUCAUCUACUUCACUGGUUGCUUCUCCAGUGGUGAAGAACAGAAAAAGGUUCCUCUUGCUGGUUGGCUGUUGCUGGGACCAAGCGCUCUCUACUAUUGGUACUUGGUCACUGAAGGACAAAUCACUGAACUUUUCCUCCUCACCUUCGUUGCUAUGGUUGCUAUGGUGAUAUUCCAACAUCAUAAAGGACUUGGCCCCGACAGUAACGGUCUGUUCCUGUUCUAUAGUUUCGGUGUUACCGUGUUCCUUGUGGCUCUGUGGGCGGCCUAUCUGUGGAAUGACCCAGUGCUACGCAACAAGUACCCCGGGCUCAUUUAUGUGCCGGAGCCCUGGUCCUACUACACUUUGCAUAUAAAGAAGAGCCACUGAAAGGGUUCACCAGUGUUGUAUGUUUUUAUAAGUGAAAGAAACUGCUCUCUUUUCUUUCUUUUAAAAAAAUCCAUUUUCUCACAUUUUGUGUGGCAGAGACAUUAGCUGUGCUUAACUAUGGCACUUAAUAAAACUCAUUGAUGUGCACUGGUUUUCACUGUUAAACUCAAGGAUAUUCUGCCUCCUGUCCCAGUACUGAGCAGGGAAUUUGCCUCCUUUGUAGAUUUUUAUAUUGAUGUAUGUGAAAUGUUUCGCUCUUUGUCUCACUUUUUUAAUGCUUGAAUCUUGUGGCAUGAGAAAUCAUAAAAGAGACCAGCACUGCACACUGUCAUGCAUCAUGUUAUCAGUAUUAGGGUAGAUUUUGCAAUUCUCAUGUCAUACAUGUUUAAUUUACUAAUGCAAAUUGGGAAUAAAUCUGUUCAUCAUUUUUAAAAUAUUUUGGCCAAAUGGGAAUGUGUUAAAAUUAAAGAUAUAAAUACUGGACUGGAAUUUAGCCAAUAAAGACAAAGUGAGCCCCUAUGGUCCUU